ACAAUAAGUACUGAUUUAAAGGCACUACCUGCUGGUAUAGUGUGUUUACAUCACUUUCCUACCGUAUAAUACUACCGUAACAUCAUCGGCAUCAUAAGCAUGGAGGCAGUGGAGGCGGUCAAUUGCACCCUGGCUGAGAUGAGGGCAGAGUUCAGGGAGCGGAUGUCUAAAUUCGAAGCCGGGCAUAGCAGCACACCGUCCAAACUUGCCUCUGGUGGCACUUCGGGUCUGGCACAGGACUACUGGACCUUUAAGCGGUUCAUGUUUGAUGCCCUUGAGUGUCUACAGCGGCAGAUGGAGUUUUUUGCUCGGGACAUGGAUGCGCAGGAGAUGAGAGGCCGGAGAAAGAUGUUAUUGAUCCACGGAGUUCCUGAAAUCCCAAAAGAAAACACAUCACUAGUGGUCACUGGAGUCAUACAGGAGAAGCUUAAAAUGGACAAUAUCACUACCUCAGAUGUGCGUAGAUGUCACCGGGUUGGCAGCUUCACCAAUAAAACACGUCCCAGACCAAUACUGGUGAAGAUGCAGGAAGUAGAUACUCGAGACAAAGUGUGGUACAACAAGACCCAGCUCAAGGGUACGGGUAUCACACUUUCAGAGUUCCUGACGAAGACACGACACCAGGUCUUCAUGGCGGCGCGGGAUAGGUUCGGUGUGUCGAACUGUUGGACUAAGCAGGGCCACAUAUAUGUUCUGGGACCGGAUGGCGUGAGGCACCGCAUAGUAAGUCACAGCGAGUUGCGUGCGAUCGGCGAGCCUGCAGCAGUCCCCGAGCGGUCUCCUGCGACGGUCCCCGAGCGAUCUCCUGCGGCUGUGGUUCGGAGAGGGAAGCGUGGCGCCAGUAAAAAGUGACUUCAAUGAUCCUGCUUCGUUCGGGUAACAAAUUCACCUCUUAUUUCCUUUGUCUUG